AUUUCAAUUAUCCAAUAUAUCUAUCUAUUCUCCUCCCCAAUUAUCAAUACAGUAGAGCCAUGGCCUCUUCAUCUUCUCUCACUACUCUCUCUCAAGCAGCUCUCUUUUCUCCUUCUCUCCCUCGCCAUGCCUCGACCUCUUCUUCUCCUUCUCUCUCUUUCCCCACUUUCUGCGGCCUUAAAUCCACCACUUUCACCACCACCCAUCGCCGUGCUCCUCCCUCCUCCUCCACCAUCUCUAAACAACAGACUUCUGUUCGGGCCUCUGCAACUGUAGACACAUUGGAGAAGACUGAUGCGGCCCUCGUUGAGAAAUCAGUGAAUACUAUACGAUUCUUGGCUAUUGAUGCUGUUGAAAAGGCUAAUUCGGGUCACCCGGGUUUGCCCAUGGGUUGUGCACCUAUGGGUCAUAUACUGUACGAUGAAGUGAUGAAGUAUAAUCCCAAGAAUCCUUAUUGGUUUAAUCGUGAUCGGUUUGUUCUUUCUGCUGGUCAUGGUUGUAUGCUUCAGUAUGCUCUCCUUCACCUCGCUGGUUAUGAUGCUGUUCAGGAAGAGGAUUUGAAGAGUUUCCGUCAGUGGGGUAGCAAAACCCCUGGUCACCCUGAGAACUUUGAGACUCCUGGUGUUGAAGUCACCACUGGUCCUCUGGGGCAAGGUAUUGCCAAUGCUGUUGGCUUAGCUCUUGCAGAGAAGCAUUUGGCUGCUCGUUUUAACAAGCCAGAUGCUGAGAUUGUUGACCACUACACAUAUGUUAUUCUCGGUGAUGGUUGCCAGAUGGAGGGUAUUUCACAAGAAGCUUGUUCCCUUGCUGGACACUGGGGACUCGGAAAACUGAUUGCUUUCUAUGAUGACAACCACAUCUCAAUUGAUGGUGACACAGAAAUUGCUUUCACUGAGGAUGUUGGUGCCCGUUUUGAGGCUCUUGGGUGGCACGUGAUCUGGGUGAAGAAUGGUAACACCGGUUAUGAUGAGAUUCGUGCUGCAAUUAAGGAAGCCAAAUCUGUCAAAGACAAGCCCACUAUGAUCAAGGUCACUACAACCAUCGGUUUUGGCUCUCCUAACAAAGCAAACUCGUACAGUGUGCAUGGUAGUGCGCUUGGAGCAAAGGAAGUAGAGGCCACUAGAAAUAACCUGGGAUGGCCUUAUGAGCCUUUCCACGUGCCUGAAGAUGUGAAGAGCCAUUGGAGUCGUCAUGCAGCUGAGGGUGCUGCCUUUGAAACGAAAUGGAAUGCCAAGUUUGCCGAAUAUGAGAAAAAGUACCCAGAGGAAGCUGCAGAUUUGAAAUCAAUCUUUACAGGUGAACUACCUGCUGGAUGGGAGAAAGCUCUUCCUACUUACACUCCCGAGAGCCCAGCUGAUGCCACCAGAAACUUGUCACAACAAAACCUCAAUGCUCUCGCCAAGGUUCUACCCGGUUUCCUUGGUGGUAGUGCUGAUCUUGCAUCAUCAAACAUGACCCUUUUGAAAAUGUUUGGUGACUUCCAAAAGAACACUCCAGAAGAGCGUAAUUUAAGGUUUGGCGUUCGUGAACAUGGUAUGGGAGCCAUAUGUAAUGGGAUUGCUCUGCAUAGCCCUGGCUUUAUUCCUUAUUGUGCUACUUUCUUUGUGUUCACUGACUACAUGAGAGGAGCCAUGCGAAUUUCAGCCUUGUCUGAAGCUGGAGUUAUUUAUGUUAUGACCCACGAUUCAAUUGGUCUAGGAGAAGAUGGUCCAACCCAUCAACCUAUUGAGCACUUGGCAAGUUUCCGUGCAAUGCCCAACAUUCUGAUGUUCCGUCCAGCAGAUGGGAAUGAGACAUCCGGUGCUUACAAAGUGGCUGUCCUCAGAAGGAAGACACCAUCAAUCCUUGCCCUCUCUCGACAAAAGUUGCCUCAACUUGCUGGAACUUCUAUUGAAGGAACAGCAAAGGGUGGCUACAUUGUAUCAGACAAUUCUUCAGGCAACAAACCUGAUGUCAUUUUGAUCGGUACUGGCUCAGAGUUAGAAAUUGCUGUCAAGGCUGCCGAUGAACUCAGGAAAGAAGGAAAGGCAGUGAGAGUUGUUUCCUUUGUCUGUUGGGAGCUUUUCGAUGAACAACCAGCUAAUUACAAAGAAAGCGUCCUUCCAGAAUCUGUUACAGCUAGAGUUAGCAUUGAAGCUGCAUCAACAUUUGGGUGGCAGAAAAUUGUUGGAGAUAAAGGAAAAGCCAUUGGAAUUGACGGAUUCGGUGCCAGUGCUCCUGCUGGAAAGAUAUACAAAGAGUUUGGUAUUACAGCAGAGGCUGUUGUAGCUGCAGCUAAAGAAGUUUCUUAGGCCUUAUUAGUUGCCAUUCUUGGUUGCUGGUGGUCUACUGAAUUGAUUUCAUUUAGGUUAUGAGAUGUGAUAUAAUGGUGGAAUGAUAUCAAAUGGACUCUCGCCACAGUUCACAGACGCCUGGGAUUCAAGUAAGGAUGAAACUUCUUUUUCUUCAGUUGAGCGUAGAGCCAUGAGAAUGAAUCCAAGAUUAGGAUAGAGAUUAGGUACAUUGAUGAUCCUGAACUUGUACACUUACACCAUAUGUUGAGUUUGUAAUCUUGUUUGGUUGAUUGAUCACAAAUGUCUCUUUCUCAAUUGGAGUUUCAUGUGUAGAGGCCUUUUUUUCUUCA